CCGGACUGUUGAUGGGCAGAAUACGACAGAGUACGACAGAGUCGGUGCUAUUGACUAUUGACCAAGUCUAAUUAUAUGUAAAUGUUGUGAAUGCUUUGAUAAAGUUAACCCUUUUUAAAUGAUUGUAAUCAAACUUAGUUCCGGUAUAGGUAUAUAUAACUAAAAUUAGUUUUUAAAAGACAGUUCAAGAGCAUGUAGCAGGUAAUCUCGCGAUUCUUCCGUCCUAGCAACAGCACUGUUUACACUAGAUACGGGACGCGACGAGGAUAUUCGGUAAGAUAAAGGCAGCACAUCUUUUAUAAUGCACAGACAAACUUAAUGAACCUAAGCGUUUUAUGAUGCGUUUUAUGAUGCACCAAGAAUAGUUUUAACUAUCCACCUUGUCAGUGGAAACUCUUUGUGUACUUCUGAUGCUACAGAUGAGGUUGCAGUGGUGAGGUCACCUAACUGUAGACACAGGCAGGUCUUACACAUGCUUCUCUCUCUCAAGUGAUUUUGGAUCAUUUUUAGCAGUACCGUGACCUGUAUAAUUCAGCUUUUGAACGAUGAUUUUGACUGGUUGUGUUUCUUCCUGAUGUUCUUAUUCAGUGUGGCCAGAAUGGUUUCAAGUCACUGAUACGGAUGUCUGCUUGAUGUCGGAGAUGCUACAUGGGGAUUUUCCAGACCAGCAGUCUGUGUGGAACUUAGUCAAGGAAUUUGUACCUGAUUCCGAGUUUCCUGAGAUUCGGACUGUACUUGGAAAUGCGCUUGUAGAUAUGUACACAGAGAUCUAUUCUGAGGUGCAGAUGUGGGAGCAGAUCUGGCGAGAGGCACAGCGCUCCAGGCACGGCAGGGGGAACAUGAGCCCCCACUUCCCUCUGCCUGACCCCCCUGCUGUCAAGAACCUGCUGCGGGCGGAGCUCCAGCUGCUCCUGCUCACCCUGCGGGACCAAUCGGUGCGGCUGGGCAAGGAUGAAGGUGAGGUCAUGUGUGGGUAUAGUGCCCGGGUGGUGAACUAUGCCCUCAAUGACAGUGUCCAAGGGAGUUGGAGGAGCCCAGACAACACACACACCAGCUGUGCAGAUGAAAUCCGAGCCUUGAAGCACAAACUGAAUGUUACCCACAUUGACGAGGUUGUGACCCAUCUCCGGUCAGUCCUUACUGAGGAGUGUGAGGCCUUGAAGAAGGACGUCCAGAUCCUGCAGGAGAGUGUGGAGUUGGAAUAUCAGAGGCAGGCUGGUCCUGAAUUAGUGGAGCCAACCUUAACAGAGCUGAGGGAGGAGAGGCGGGUCAUCCAGAGGGACCUGCAGGCACUGAGGUUGACGGACAAGGCCUCCUGCUCAGAUAUGCCCAAUCCCUGCGUCCCUCCAGCCCCUACCAGGGACUCAAUGCUGGCCACUGUGACUGCAAGUGACCCACAGAUGAAGAUCUCGCUGGCUCUCCCGAGGACAGACUGUCCCGGUACCAACCCCUCUCCUCCAGCUAGCUCCCGCCAGCCAGGCCUGUCAGGCCAACCCUGGGACAGACCUGCCUCUAAGGUCCUGGCUCCCGAACCGGCCCGGCGCCUAGACUCGGAUCAGUCCGGCCUGAGCCACUGCAUGUUCACUGUUCCUGCUGCAGAGUGUCCUACACUGCCACACAGCACCUCUGGGUCUUCUGUGAGGUCUUCCCACCACAGCGUCGUGCCCAGAGAGAAACGCUGUGCGGAGCGUCCUGUGGGCACCAUGAGCUCCAUACCACACCUUGCCGUGGGCUCAGACCUUGGGCAGCCGCACCGGUCCAUGCAGCCUGGCCCAGAUGCAAACCAACCCCUGCCACCACUGUACCCCACUCCACCUGCAGUGCAGAGAAUGGCCAGCAGAGGUCAGCAGGCAAGCAGGCGCAUGCGGUUCCUCCAGGCAGGAAGCCUGCUUAGCCCCUCUUGAGCUUGGCUGAGAGAGGAAGGCAUCUCUGUAGCCCCCAGCAGAGGCAUGAGUGGGCAGAAGUGUAGACGUGGCUCCGUAAACAAUACUGGAGGUGCUUUUAUGAGUGGUUAGAGUGGUUACAGACGGAGGACUUGGAGAUGGAAUACUGGUCAGUUUACUUCACAUUCUCAUGGACGCUCCUUACCUUUUGAAUCUAACUUUGCCUUGAAGCCAGUUGUUUACACCCUUAUUAAAUGUAUUUGAUUGGUAUAAGGAUGAGACAGAAACUGAUCUUUAAAAUAAACUUUAUUUUUUAACCAUUUGAUAUUGAACAGUUUAAGAUACACAGCUGACAUAACUAAGACUUUUUUUUUUUUUUUGGCCCUAAGGUUCAAAGACAUGGUUAGAUGCAGUCGAGUACAGAGCUCAUUGUGCUUAACUCUCUCAGGAUUUACCACAACAUGAGAAGACAAAUAUUCAUCAUACAGUAGUAGACACAGACCCCUGUAAAAUAUGAACUCCAGUAUAGCACAGGACCCGGGUGGUGGGUGAUCGCUGUUCCUUUAAACAUCAUAAACGUGACAUUGUAAAGUGCUGCACCAACAUGAAAAUACACGAUGCUGAAUUCUAUUCUGAAAUAAAAACUCCAUGCGACUGGGGAGUGGACUUCACAGCUACUGUUCCGCCACUGUCCAGUAGGUACUUCUGCAUUAAUACAUUAAUGCAAAACAACCUCACAAAAAUAUGUUCAGUUCAUUUUCAGUGAAAAUGGAAAAUGCAUCAGGACAACAAAACUGUAUGAGCAGGAGAGUUUUUACAGCGUGUCAGUAUCUCCG